AUGGUUUCGAUUGAUAUGCCGGCUGGUCCAUCUGAACUUUUAGUGAUAGCUGAUAACACAAGUAUUCCAGCAUACGUUGCAUCAGAUCUUUUAUCACAAGCUGAACAUGGGACAGAUUCUCAGGUGGUUUUGGUAAUGGUUUCAAUUACACCUGAACUUCUUAUAAAAAUUGAACAAGAAAUCAAUGAUCAAGCAAAAAAAUUGCCAAGAGUCAAUAUAGUAAGCGAGUCUAUUCCAAAAAGUUUUAUUUUACAAGCUGACAAUAUGGAGGAGGCAAUGAAAUUUUCUAAUGACUAUGCACCAGAGCAUUUAAUAUUGCAUAUUGAAGAAGCUGACAAAUGGAUUGAUAAAGUGGAAAAUGCUGGUAGUGUUUUUAUUGGUACCUAUUCACCAGAAAGUUGUGGUGAUUAUGCAUCAGGCACUAAUCAUACAUUGCCAACUUAUGGAUAUGCUAAAAUGUAUUCAGGAGUCAACACUUUGACAUUUGUAAAACACAUUACAUCUCAAAAGUUGACAAAAGAAGGUUUAGAUAGACUAGGCGACACUGUUAUGAGAUUAGCUGAAGUUGAAGGGUUAAAGGCUCAUAGAAAGGCUGUUCAUGUUAGAAUUAAAGAUAUUAGUAAUCAAAAUUAA